AUGGAACGGCCGUCAUACUUAUCUUCUAUAAAUGAACACAACUGGCGCGCCUCGGUUCGUCAGCAAAACCAGCCGAAUCUACCCAAUUUCUUCCGUGACAUUAUGGACGAAUACGAAAAGGUCAUAAACGACAUAGAUGAACUCCGUUCCAAGUUCUACGAAACCUGGGGAAAGUACCGUGAAGAAGUGAUAUAUUCGGAUGAAGAAAGAAGAUUGUUCGAAACUACACAGGCUGUCACCCGAUCAUUCUAUGAAAGAAUGCAUCUUUAUAAACCACAAAAAGAAAAUAAUGAGGAUACGGUGAUGCACGAGUACAUUCAUGAUACGUUUAAGGAAACGUUUCGAGACUCGAACUAUGAGGUCAUAUG